AUGAACACAUCUCGUCGACUUGCUCAGAUCUCUUCCAUUUUAAUCCGCACACAACGCCCUCGUCCCAUCAUCAACAACCCCACUGCCAUCCAACCUCUAUUUAAAAUGGCCAGCAACAUGACCGCCAUCAACAGCAAGGACGCCGCUCCUCCCGCUGGCCCCUACUCCCACGCCAUCAAGACCCCGCACGCCAUCUACUGCUCCGGUUCCAUCCCCGUCGACGCCCAGGGCAACAUGGUUGAGGGUACCAUCCAGCAAAAGACCGAGGCCUGCAUCAAGAACCUGGCCGCCGUCCUCAAGGAGGCUGGAUCUUCGAUCGAGAAGGUCGUCAAGGUCAACAUUUUCCUUGCUGACAUGGGUGAUUUCGCGAGCAUGAACGAGGAAUACGCCAAGUGGUUCACCCACAAGCCUGCUCGCAGCUGUGUUGCUGUCAAGACUCUGCCUAAGAACGUGGAUGUCGAGCUUGAGUGCAUUGCCAUGCCCUGA